AUGAUCGGUUCAGAGCUCCAAUACUGGGCUCCAAGUGGGGCCAAAUUUCCCGGAGGACCCAGCACAUGGUACAUUCUCAGUGAUGACCAGAGAAGAACAAUAGCAGUCACCAUGGAUGGAGAGCAAGAAAGCGAGGAUCUAGCCGUGGAAAUCCUCAAAAACCUCAUCGAUACUCUCCCAGCUGAUGUGUACGCAAUAAAAGUCUCUCCAGAAGGGAAUUUGAUUUCCAUGUCCAACGACCCUGAAGACGACGAAACCUUUUGCGUAUAUUAUCCGCCUCUAGAGGAGAUUCAACGGCCUGAGGGUAUCAAGACAAUCGUUCGCUCCGAGUUAAAAGAAAUUGACCGAUUUGGCCCCGACACUGAUCUUGUGUCGUACCAGGCACAGCCAGAAGACAACGAACCAAAGAAAGUCGUCUUCAAAUACUACUUUCUUUUGCAGUUCAUUCAUAGGGUGUGGAAUGAAUUGAAUCUGUGGAUGCGUCUCCCUCGGCACCCAAUCAUUGUGCCUUUUGAUCGGCUGGUGGUGGAUGAAUUGAAGGGCCGCAUUGUUGGCUUCACGAGUGUCUAUAUUCCUGGACAAACACUGGAGGACAACCAAUCCCGCGUGUUCAAACUCAAAUGGUUUGAGCAGUUGACUGGUGUCGUGGACGUUCUCAACCUGAAGCACGGCAUCAUGCAUCAAGAUAUUGCCGCAAGGAAUCUACUGGUCGAUAUGUCGACAGACAACCUGCAGCUAUUCGACUUCAACUUCUCGGGUCGUAUCGGAGGCACCGGGUACAUCGAAAAUCGAAACGAUGUCAAUGGUGUUAUAUUCACCCUGUACGAGAUCAUCACUCGCGAUGACCAUUUCAGGCAGGUGCCCCAUGAGGAACAGAACCCGGAUGAUGUUCAAGGGCUAUCCGCAUGGCCCAAGCAUCCAGAGGUAUAG